UUUUAUUCAAACAGAAAUUUUAUUUUUUAUUGUUUAUUAUCUCGACUUCAAGAUGACCAAUCAAAUAACAGCUUUGGAAGCGAAUUUGUCGCCGUUGACUAUACAAGAUACUUCAAAUGUUGAAAUUGACCCUUUAAAUUCUCUCAUAAACGGUCAAAUUAAUUGUAUUAAGAAAUCACUGAAUACAAUUACUGCUUUAAUUCCAACUGUGAAACCAGAACAGAUGCCUAUCCUUCAAAGUUUAAUUGCAACACUUAGUGAUCAAUACGAAAUAUUGACAAAAUCGUUGGCUCUUCGUCAAAAUCGCUUAUCUGUUGGUUCUCAUAUGAGUGUGGAAGGUCAACUUCCCGAAUUAGAUGAGGUUGAAAAAUUUUGUUUUUACACCUCGAAUUUUGAUGAAAAAACAAGCAAAGAGGUCAGAUCUGCAGUUAUCUGCAUUCAUCCAUUCUACUUCGCAAAAUAUGCCGAUACAACUUUGGUCGAAUAUAAAGAGAAUGUCACCAAAGUUGAAGUUUAUAAGGACAGCAAAGAAUUCAAUACUACAGCAGUGUUCGUUUCAAAUGAACAAGAUUUUGUGAUUCUAAAGUCGGAAGAAAAAAUUUGCAAUUUUGGACCCGAAAUUUGUGAAAAGAUGUGUUGUGGAAGCAUUUAUCUUUGUGGCGGCUUUACUAAUGAAAUCGACAAACUCAAACCAUGCAGGAAAAAUGGUUGUCUUCAGAGUUCUAAAACUGAGAGAAUUAAAAGUGGUGGCGAAUUACGUGGUCCUUAUCUUAUUGCCGAUGUUACUGCUUCAGAUGUCGACUCUGGUUCUGCAGUUUUCUGCACUCAUGGCUUGAAGGGUAUUUGCAUUGGAGCGCUGGAAUUGCCAGAGUGUUCAUCUAAAGAUGUUUCUGGAGAAUCUGCUGCUUGUCUUUCUAAAUGUGCGGUUAUUGCAGCAAUUGAUAUUAUGCGUAUGGUUGAUUUGCUUGAAAGAGAGGCGCGAGGAGAUCCACAACCAACAUUUUCAUUUGGGGAUGAUUAAGGAAAUUUUUGCAAUGUGGUUAUUGAAGAAUAGGUUUGGAUUUGAAGUAAAUUGAUUUUUUUUGAUGGAAAAUGUUUAAAAAUUUUUUUUUGUUUAUUUAUUUCACUGAAUUUUUUACAUAAUAAAUAAAUUGGCUUUUGUUGGUUUUUAUGUCUUCUACAUGUUUGAUCAUUUACCUUUAAUCAUUCUUUUAUAGCUCUGGGUUCAAAUUUUUAGAGCAAAUUCGAUCGUUUACAGAAAAUUCAGUUUUGAAGUCCCGCAGCAACCAUCUUUACCAGAAAAUGAUUUCCGAACAGGUCACCGGUUCAUG